AUGGACGCCUCGGGAUCUACGUACAAGCUUCUCCUCUCGUGCCCCUCGGGCCUCUCCCCCUCCCAGGUUUUCUUUUCCUCUCCUUCUGCGGCGACGUCUUGAAUGUAUCUGGAGGAGAGGAGGAAGGAGUGGUCCAACCGGCACAAGACUUAUUUUCCUUUGCUUCCACGUGAUCCAUAUUGGUACCAGUGGUGAGGAAGCGUUGGUUGAUUUGGAGGCUGAGUUCGUGGUUGGGCACAUAACAAAUGUUGGAUCGAUCGGGGGAGAAUGCACAUAUUCUCCCAUUUUCGCUUGAUCGAUCCGAUACAGCUUUAAAUUUAUGGCUUCAAGAUAUUCUGGGCUCUCUGGUUUCGUGGUUGGGCACAUAACAAAUGUUGGAUGAACAGUAGAAGACAUCUGGGCUCUCUGGUUUCGCCCAUUUUCUCUUGUCAUUUUAAGCUGUGCCUAGUAAUAAACAAUUAACUAUUGCUUGAAUUGUAGAACAACCCGGAAAAAAUUGCUGUUGGAACGUUGAAAUUUGUGGCAAAAAUCUUUGAAUUAUUUUUCGGGCAUCUCUUAACCUAAGUUCUCGGUGGGCAUGUCAUUUUAUUUUGAUACCCUUUCUGUGUUCAAUGAAGGUUUUUGCCCGCUUUGCGCGUGUGACAACUGUUGAUGUAGGUAUUAUUUUUCCUAGUCUUACACAUUUUUCAUAUUAAAUGAAGGUUUAUGUCGAUUUCAGCGCAUCCUACGACAGAAUUCCGCAUCCGGCUGGCAAUUUAGAGAAUUCUAUACCUGAGGUAGUACUGUUCUCUGCCUAUUAUUUUCGAAUGUCAUGCAUUCUAGAAUGUUAAUGCUGUACUCUGCUGCAAAUAUUGGUAACCUGAAUUGAAGUACAGUUUUAGAAAUGUCAUAAAACAGCAAUGAGAAAGGAAAUUUAGUUCUCCAAAAAAUAAUAAAAUCGUCAUUGGAUGACUGUCUGACUUCUUGGAUAAAACGGUUUUGACCUUCUACUUCGAUCAGAAAAUAGUAGCCAAGCAUCCAUCUUCAAGGAAUUAUUUUUAGAUGUUUUUGAAGUGAAUUUAAGUUGAGGAAAUUCUCAUUUCAUGUCUUUAGUCAGUUGAAAUGCAUUUUUACGGCUGCUACAUUUAACAUAGUGUAAUGGUCUCUGAUGUACUCAUUUCAUUCUGAAAAAGUUGAUGCUUUGUACACUCUUGAUAAUAAAAUGUUUCGGGGGAUAAUGACUCCUUGAUAACGUAUUCAUUUCCCUGUCAUUUUGAUUGUCUUUUCACUUUCCAAGUUGUAAUCACAUCACUAGGUUUCUUUUUGAUCCAGAAAUUCUACCUACGUGAAUAGGGACUAUUUUAUUUCUCUCUGCAAUUUCAUAUGUCUUACAUUUGACAUUAUUUUACAGAUAUGGUGUCAACGGAUUCAGGAAAAUCCAUCAAUGUACAAUGACCAGAAGUUUAGGGUAUUUUUCAAUUGAGAUUUUUCUCUCUUCAGCCUUUCGUCAGCUUUCCAAUUGCAUUUUUUUUAUUUAAAAGUUUUAUGCCAAAGAAUGAUGAGAACAUCUGUGCUUUUCCUACAUCUUGAUUACUACACUGCAUGCUCUAAUUUAUUUGAAAUUGCAACCUUCGAUAGAUUCAGAGAAAAACCCAGGUUGUUGGUAAUUAAUCAAGCGAAUGGCUUUUUGAAUAUUUCCCUUUACGGGAAUCUUUUGGCGUUAUGCAUCAAGGUGGAUGGGCAACUGGAAAAUGAAUUACGUUAUUUUCCUCAAUAUAUGUGCAUUAAAUUGUGCAGUUUUAAAAGUCAUGCAAUUACCACACCUUUUGAGUCCUUGCGACGAUGGCUUUCAAGAACAUCUUUUUACUCUAGAUUUGAUGAUAAUUCAUCUCCUACGCUCUGAAACUUCUGCUAGAACUACAUUAUUGUUAGACUGAUAUUCUGGCUUUCCUCUUUAAUUUUACAGUAUGCUGGGUACAGCUCGAAGAACCCUGAUGGUUCUAGAUCAAACUACUCUAUCUGUCUAAAUCUAGGUUUGACAGACUAUAGGUUUGCCAUCAUCACUCUCUUUGGCUGGAUAUUGUUUGACAAAAAUAUGUUUUACCUUUCAUUUUUCUGGUUGUCUUGUUGAGAAUUCGGAAGCUUGCAUUUCAGUUUUUUACAGCAACUGUCAAACAUUAGAGAAGGCUGUUACUUCAAUUUCACUUUCCACCUCGUAUGUUGAACAUAUUGCGAUUUUUAUUUUUAUUUUGCACAUACAUUAGUCUUAUAUAUCAGGUUCAUGCCGUCAAAAUCCCUUGUACUUCAUAUGUCAGACCGUCAAUGCAAAAAAAAUGAAAAGUAAAAAGAGAAGCUACUCUAUUCUAUAAAUGCCACAUUGGGUAUGACUAGCAUGUGGCAAAACUCAUCAGUCUUUAUUACUAUUUCUUGAACAUCUUAUUUCGUGUCUGGCACCUGGUAAACAGUCUAUACUGAAUCCCCAGAAGUCAUUACCUGCGGAUUCGCCUUUCAGCCAUCUACCCUGCUGGUGUUCCACUGUGGCUCACUGGAGCAUCGCCUGACUCUGCGAGCUGCUUGAAGUUUAUCACUGGCCUAAUUUGUUAACAGCCUGGGACGAGAUAUGUCAUGCCAAUGGGUUUGACCACUGUGGUCAUUAAGUGCUUAAAGGAACUGGAAUGAAGUGGACAUUGUCCUGGACAAGGAUGAAAAAAGGCAUUUCAAAGUCAACUCCAAGAACGGGAUUUUAUGUACUUGGCAGUUCUGUGUAGAAAUAUUUUAGGAUGUGAGAUACCAGCACUUGUACAAUACUGAAUAACUGUUUGUCUGUUAGCAGCUUGCAUCGUUAUUAUAUAACCAUUAGUCUGGAGAUCUUUUGCCUGGCUAACAUGUCCCCGCAAUAGUUUCUGUUCUAACGCCUUGUUAUUAUUCAGGACGUUUGUAGGCACAAAUUUAAAUCCUCUUUGGGAGAAUUUUCUUGUCCCUUCUGAAGGUAAAUCUGUAUUUAAGUGCAGAUUAAUUUAUAUGUCUGGUGUAGCGUAACUAUGGUGGAAUGCUACUAAUACUAAAGCCUUUUGUACUCUUUACUUGUGUUGUUCUACGCGAAAUCUUUGAGAAUGCUUGUAGUUGGUGUAGAAUGGUCACACACACACAGUUUGGCGACGAGUGUGAACUAUUCUUUUGGGUUAAAUUAGGAAUGUUAUUAAUGAUGCAAAUUGAUGUUAUUGGCGGCUCUCAUCAUGUAAUCAAUGUUCAUAUUUAUCUAUGCACCUUGUGCACUUAUUUGCAGAUGAUACCAUACACUGUCAACACAUGGCAAGUCCACUGGGCAAUGGCGCAAUUGUGGAGACUUUGGACAAAAGGAUUAUUGUCUUGCAAAGAAGUUCGAAAGUUGGUGAAUUUCCUGGAUACUUUGUGUUCCCUGGUGGCCAUUCAGAGGUAUCUUAUUUGACUUCUCAAUUUUUUUUUGUCAGAGUACCAAGAUCAGCGUCAAGAUGUGAUAGUGUUGUGUCUUAUGGAUUAUCAUCAAAAUAUAGAGUGUUGAGGAGAUGGCUAGUUUACAUGAGAAUAUUUGGCAGGGAAAAUGAUGAAUUGGCGUAGAUUUUCUAAACCCAAGCUACCGCACACAAUAUUUGAUGUACUAAUGUGUCAAUAAUUCUUGGUGUUUAUGAAGCUUUUAAAAAAAAAAAAUUAUUUAGAACAGAAUUUUUCUGGGGGUAGACGGAAGACUAUCAUCAUAUUUCUCAAUCUCCUUCUUCUGAAAAUGAAUUGAUUAUAUUAGGUAUCUCCUGGCAGAAAAUGAUGAAGAUCUAUAAGGUUUGGAAUUCCCUACUAUGGAUGUUUUGGUAUCUCUUGCUCAUGAAUGAUCAAAUGAAACCUGCGUAAAACACAUAGAAUUGCCUCCCCAAAUGAAGAAUGUAAAGGCUUGAUAUAAUAUUCUAGACGGGCUUGCUUAAACUAGAUCAUGUUUGAAUUUAUUUUAUUUUUUUUUGGGGGGGGGGGGGGUAUACGGUAAUUGGGCUUUUUAUUUCAAAUCGAUUGUAUAUUUGUUUUUUCUUUGAUGCAUGAGACAGCGCUCCGAAUCACAAAUCCCGUGUUGACGGUAAUCCAAUAUUCACAGCCAUUAAUUCUCCUAGUUAAAGAUCGCAUCAUUCAUUCUGUUUAUGGGAUGUUCUUUCUUGAUUGGAGGCAGCCAAAGGAGAUUGGUAUCUCUGGGCACCCAACUGAUGCGGUCUCAGCAGGCUCCGAGCAUCUGAACAAGAAGGUUGCUGUGGAGAUGUUCGACGGCAUUACCCGGGAAGUAGUUGAAGAGAUCGGAGUUCCCGCCCACUAUCUAGUUAAGCAAUUCGACAUCUUGUUUCUAUUGAAAUCCUUGUUUUGGCCCUUCCACAUCGAAAAAAUCCGAUAAAAAACCGUUCUUUAGUAAGAUAUUUCUGAUUUUUUUCGCAUUUAUAUCCGAUUUCCCGACUUAUGAAGUAAAAAAAAUCGAAUAUUAGAUCAGUGUUUUCAUGAAUUUUAGUGAUUUUUAUGUUCAUUCAAUCGCCAUUCUGGAUUUGAUUACCAAGCAUUGAACUCGUUUGCAGACCGACCCAUUGUUCAUCGGGAUCUCCCGCAGGGAGCUAAACGUGAGGCCGACGGCCUUCUUCUUCCUCAGAUGUAAUGUUCAUUCAAGUGCGGUCAAGGAGUUCUACUCCAAGGCUCAAGACGGCUUUGAGUCAACCCAGCUGUUUGCCAUGUCAAGGGUCAGCGCCGCAUCUCAUCCUUCUCCUUCCUGCAUCCUUUUUUUUUUUCUUUUAUUAUUUUUAGUAAUAAAUGCUGAAUCCGCCCCAAGCUUGAUGAAUUAAUAAUUAAAAUAGAAUAAUAGCUUGAUUAAAUAUAUGGAAACGAUCUACUCAUGACCCAUGAGGUUUUUGUUGAGUUGGAUGAUCGAAUGGCCAACGGUUUAAGUCUGAGAUCCUUCCAGCGUUGAUAAUUUCCAGGCGGAGAUAGAGAGUAUGUGCUCCAGAAUUCCCGGAUGCCAUCGGGGCGGGUUUGCCCUGUAUGAACAGAUGGCGGCGCUUGAAGAUGCUUGA